CCACGAAACCGGACAGCUGUGCCUCGAUUCUCGAUUCUUCUCCCUCGACGCUGUGCGCUGUGAAGGCUGCUCGAAGUUUAGGGGCCGCAUCCCAGCACCGAGACGAAGCGCGGACCACCCUCCCUGGACCUCCACAGCCGUCCUGGCUUGUUCGAGUUCGAAUAGAUAAUUGCCAGUCGCCACGACAACAGCCCCCACCACCUCCACCCUCACUACUCUCGCUGCAGGACAGUCGUCCAUGUUAAGUCUCGCCCAACGCACUUUGAAGAAGGUUCCCAGUUUCCAGGAACUUUUCCAAGGCAAGAUGGCUAAGGAAGAAAUCAGCGUCGACGUGCUCGUCAUCGGAGCUGGCCCCACUGGUCUUGGAGCUGCGAAGCGAUUGAACCAGAUCGAUGGCCCCUCGUGGCUGAUUGUCGACUCCAACGAGACGCCUGGAGGUCUGGCCUCGACCGACGUGACUCCCGAAGGCUUCCUCUACGAUGUCGGCGGCCACGUUAUCUUCUCCCACUACAAAUACUUCGACGACUGCAUCGAGGAGGCUCUCCCCAAGGAGGAGGACUGGUACACCCAUCAGCGCAUCUCCUACGUCCGCUUCAAGAACCUAUGGGUCCCCUACCCCUUCCAAAACAACGUCUCCAUGCUGCCCAAGGAGGACCAGGUGGCAUGUAUCGACGGCAUGAUCGAUGCGGCAUUGGAGGCCCGUGUCUCUAACACGAAGCCUAAGAACUUUGACGAGUGGAUUGUCCGAAUGAUGGGUCCCGGUCUUGCGGAUCGCUUCAUGAGGCCAUACAACUACAAAGUCUGGGCUGUUCCCACGGAAAAGAUGCAAUGCGCAUGGCUAGGCGAGCGUGUCGCAGCUCCUGAUGUCAAGAAUGUCACCAAGAACGUCAUUCUAGGAAAGACUGCCGGCGGCUGGGGACCGAACGCGACCUUCAAAUUCCCUGCCCGCGAUGGCACUGGUGGUAUCUGGAUUGCCGUUGCCAACACGCUCCCUAAGGCCAACAUUCGCUUUGGAGAGCAUGGCGCGGUGACGAAGGUCGAUGCAGAUGCCAAGAAGGUUUCCCUCAAGGAUGGCACUGUCGUCAAAUACGAAAAGCUUGUCACUACUAUGGCCGUAGACAGCUUAGUCGAGUUCAUGGGUGACAAGGAGUUGGUCGACCUCAGCAAGGGCCUUUUCUAUUCCUCGACCCACGUAAUCGGCGUCGGCAUCCGUGGUGAGCGACCAGAGCGUAUUGGCGACAAGUGCUGGCUCUACUUCCCUGAGGACAACUGCCCAUUCUAUCGCGCUACCAUCUUCUCCAACUACUCUCCAUACAACCAGCCGCAGGCGGACAAGAAGCUCCCCACUCUUUACACUGCGGCAGGUGACAAGCCCAGCUCCUCUGCACCAAAGGAGGGGCCGUACUGGUCCAUCAUGCUGGAGGUGUCUGAGAGCAGCUUGAAGCCUACCGACAACAAGAACAUGCUCCGCGACUGCAUCCAAGGCCUCAUCAACACCGAAAUGCUGAAGCCAACGGACGAGAUUGUAUCCACAUACCACCGCCGUUUCGACCACGGCUACCCCACGCCGUCUCUCGAGCGUGAAGGUGUCCUCACUAAGCUUCUACCCAAGCUGCAGGACAAGGACAUCUAUUCUCGCGGUCGUUUCGGCAGCUGGCGAUACGAAGUCGGCAACCAGGACCACAGCUUCAUGCUUGGCGUUGAGGCCGCUGAUGCCAUUGUCAACGGCACUGUUGAGCUCACUCUCAACUAUCCCGAUUUCGUCAACGGCCGACGAAACACGGAGAGGAGGCUCGUGGACGGUGCGCAGGUCUUCGGUAAGAGCAAGAGGGCGGUCGAUUAAACACUCUUGUUCUCCGCGUUCCAGCGUACGAAGUGGUGUUUGGGAUAUGAUGGGUUCAGGAUAUUUGGUGAGCACGGGAUGAGUUAUGUACAUGCGUGUCCAGACGAAUGGUCCUGUGGGUUGGGUUCGCAGACAUGGCAUGUGAUAGAAGAGCGCACACUUUUCCACUUUGUCCCAGGCUCGAUGGCUAGAAGCUCAAAGAACGGGCUUCGUCGGAUUUCCUUCAGUUUCAGUAGAUUAAAGCUAGACCUGG